UUUAGUUUUCAAAAGCAACUACUAAAACAAAUAAACUUCACACUUCCUGCAUCAAAAGUACUAAGACGAUUCGUCUCCUACUCUACCAACUAUUUUCAAAUUCACAUCCUCUCUCUCUCUCGCUCAAAAAUCCAGAGAGAGAAACAAACGCAAAAGAACAAGAGAAUCACCUCCAAUACCCAUCCCCGGUGAUAGGACUCUCUACUCUCUCUCUAUAUCUAUUUAUCUUUAUGUAUGCAUAUACGUAAUAUUCAUAUAUAAAGGAAUCCGACAAUGUCAUCACCACCACCGGGAGCAGCUCCGGUUCCCACAUCCCCACCAUCCACCAACACCACAUCACCGCCACCGCCGGCGGCAGCACCCCCGCCGACGGCAACUGCCCCGCCUCCAUCUAAUCCGACACCUCCUGCGACAUCUCCCCCUCCUGCUGCUUCUCCGCCGCCACCCGUAGCGCCGGCUACUUCACCUCCUCCGCCGUCAACUCCGGCUCCAUCAGUCUCUCCGCCACCGCCGUCAACUCCGGCUCCAUCAACCUCUCCGCCACCGCCGUCAACUCCAGCUCCAUCAACCUCUCCGCCUUCGCCGCCACCGCCGACUUCUUCCUCAUCUCCACCUCCUCCGGCGGGGUCAACGCCUUCGCCGCCGUCAAAUCGGAGUCCACCACCGCCUACGGGGACUGCAAGAUCUUCGCCGCCGCCUCCGUCAUCCUCAACGUCUCCAUCACCUCCGUCAAGCUCAUCGGGCAUCUCCACUGGCCUCGUCGUUGGAAUUGCUGUUGGUGGUGUACUGAUUCUUGCAAUCUUGAGUAUUUUGUUUGUUUGUUGCAAGAAAAAGAAAAGAAGAGAUCAUGAUUACUACCUUCCACCACCACAUGGACGUAAAGAUGAUCGUUAUGGCGGCCCACCACAGAAUUGGCAACAGAAUGCUCCUCCACCAAGGGAUCAUGUCGUCUCAAUGCCACAAAAACCCUCUCCUCCACCUGCAGUUGCAUAUCGGCCACCACACUCACCAGUGCGUUCUCUAACACCCCAACCUCCCCCUCCGCCUCCUUUCAUGAGUAGCAGUGGAGGUUCUGGGUCCAACUAUUCAGGGUCUGAAAAUGCACUCCCGCCACCCUCCCCUGGCAUGUCCUUAGGUUUCUCAAAGAGCACAUUUACAUAUGAAGAAUUGGCAAUGGCAACAGAUGGCUUCUCGAAUGCCAACCUCCUUGGACAAGGUGGUUUUGGGUAUGUGCACAAAGGAGUCCUUCCAAAUGGAAAAGAAGUUGCAAUUAAGCAGCUGAAAGCUGGAAGUGGGCAAGGGGAGCGUGAAUUCCAAGCUGAGGUUGAGAUCAUUAGCCGAGUGCAUCAUAAGCAUCUUGUUUCAUUAGUUGGAUAUUGUAUCGCUGGUUCCCAAAGAUUGCUUGUUUAUGAAUUUGUUCCAAACAACACUAUGGAGUUUCACUUACAUGCAAAGGGGAGACCUGUAUUGGGUUGGCCCACAAGACUAAGAAUUGCUCUAGGGUCUGCAAAAGGACUAGCAUAUCUGCAUGAGGACUGCCAUCCUAAAAUUAUACAUCGUGAUAUUAAGGCAGCUAAUAUACUUCUGGAUUUUAACUUUGAGGCAAAGGUUGCAGAUUUUGGACUUGCUAAGAUUUCUUCCGAAGUCAACACUCACAUCUCUACUAGGGUUAUGGGUACUUUUGGAUACCUGGCUCCUGAAUAUGCUUCUUCUGGAAAACUUACGGACAAGUCAGAUGUUUUCUCUUUUGGAGUAAUGCUUCUGGAGUUGAUUACUGGACGACGACCUGUUGACACGGCUCAAUCCUACAUGGAUGAUAGUUUAGUAGACUGGGCAAGGCCCUUGCUCACCCGAACUUUGGAAGAUGGAAACUUUGAUAUUCUUGUCGAUCCACGGUUGCAGAAGGAAUACAACCACAAUGAGAUGGCUCGCAUGGUUGCUUGUGCUGCUGCUUGUGUGCGUCAUUCAGCACGGCGUCGACCCCGAUUGAGCCAGGUGGUGCGAGCCCUGGAAGGAGAUGUGUCUUUGUCCGAUCUUAAUGAAGGAAUCAGACCCGGACACAGCACAAUGUACAGUUCUCAUGGAAGCUCAGACUACGACACCAGCCAAUAUAAUGAGGACAUGAUAAAAUUUAGGAAGAUGGCACUAGCAAGCCAUGAUUAUGGCAGCAGCGAGUACAGUGGUGGUGGUCCAACCAGUGAAUAUGGUUUGAACCCGUCUGGCUCAAGCAGCGAAGGCCAACAAACCCGUGAGAUGGAGAUGGGAAGGUUGAAGAAAGACAGUCGAGGCUUCAGCGGAAGUUCCUGACAACUGAUGCUAAACCUGUAGAAAUCUACCCCCAUAAUUCUUAUACCUUCACUUGUAAGUUAAUAUGGCACGUCUACCCGAGUUAACAGUAAAAAGUUUUAUUUUUUCUUUUAUUUUUGGCCUGAAAUUGUGUUUUAUUCUUUUUAUUUAUUGGGGCUUUUACAGAAUAACAAGAGAGAUACUGGUGCAAUUCUUUUUAUUUGAUGCUUAAAUUGAUAGCUUUUAUUUGGUUGUUGAA